CAAAUUUCUUCUUCUUCUUUAUCAUACUCAUCUUCAUCUUCUUUUUAUUCUGAUAUUUAAUUUGUGAUAUCCGAGUUUGUACGUAUAACCAAAGAAGCAGCAUGGCUGAAGAGAAGCACCACCACCACCUGUUCCACCACCACAAGGACGGCGAAGAGAAGCCUGUAGAUGCCGGCUAUGGCGGCCAAAAUCCUUCAGGCGGAUAUGGUGAGAAUCCUGAAAGUGGCUAUGGAGGUCAGUCUCUUGAGGAGGAUUACAAGAAGGAAGAGAAGCAUCAUAAGCAUCUUGAGCAUCUUGGUGAGCUUGGUGCUGCAGCUGCUGGCGUUUAUGCUGUGCAUGAGAAGCACAAGGCGGAGAAAGACCCAGAGCAUGCACACAAGCACAAGAUAGAAGAGGAGAUUGCCGCCGCCGCCGCUGUCGGAUCCGGUGGCCUUGCCUUCCAUGAGCAUCACGAGAAGAAGGAAGCCAAGGAAGCCGACGAGGAGGCUCAUGGCAAGAAGCACCACCAUCUCUUUGGCUAAACAUUA